CCUCCAGGUGGCAGCACAACAACCUGGACAGCAGCCGCUGCAUCGCUCCGGGGAUGAAGAAGAAGAAGAGAGGCGUUGAGCGUUAAAUUGAAAACAGAAAUGGCGCGGUCCGUAAACAGCUUUUAGCACGGCCAGCUGCUUGUGGUAUCGACGGAUAAACAAGAAAUGUAAAACGCAGUGUUAUGGCGUCGCGAAGUAACAAGCAGCAAGUAUUUAGCCGGACAAUGCUAAGUACAGCUAGCCGCUCUGUGUUCACCGACGUCGACCAUUAGCUAGCUGUCCGUGCAGAGGCAUCUCUGUUUUAAUCAGCGGAGAUACGACAGCAUUUCACCUGUGCCAUGCAGAAAAUAUAUUUUCUUCAAUGUGUCGCCCUGUAACCACUGAAUAGCAUUUAAUUAAACAACAGUUAUCAGCCCACCUGCCUGCGCCACAUCCAGUGAGACCAUGUCCGUCAACGGUAAAGUCAUCCCGCACACCCCGCUGGCGGUAGACUUCUGGCAUGUACGCAGGUGUCCGGGCACACGGUUGUUUUUCUUGUCCCACAUGCACAGCGACCACACGGUGGGUUUGACCUCCACCUGGAGCGACCGGCCCAUCUACUGCUCUCCCACCACUGCAACCCUGCUCGGACUCAAACUGCAGGUGAAAGAACAGUGGGUCCAUCCAUUAGAGCUGGGCGAACCACACCUGCUGCCACUGGAUGACAUCGGCAAGGAGAGGCUGACGGUUACACUAAUUGAUGCCAACCACUGUCCAGGGGCUGUCAUGUUUCUUUUCGAAGGCUACUUUGGCUCUAUACUGUACACUGGUGACUUCAGAUAUACUCCCUCUAUGCUGCGUGAGCCGUGUUUGAGGACCAACACCACUAUAGACAUCCUGUACCUGGACAACACCAACUGUGACCCCAACCGCACUCUCCCCUCCAGACAGCGAGCCACUCAACAAAUCAAAGAGAUCAUCCGCAGCCACCCCAAUCACAAUUUUGUCAUAGGCUUGUACACACUGGGUAAGGAGUCCCUGCUGUUGGAGCUGGCGAUGGAGUUUAAAACCUGGAUUGAGGUGAGCUUUGAGAGGAUGGAGACCCUCAAAGCCCUGCAACUGCCUGAUGUCUUCACCACUGAACCAGGAGCUGGUUGUAUCCGUGUUGUCAAUCAGUCAGAGAUCUGCUCUGCCACUUUACACCAGUGGAACAAAGAACAACCCACUCUGGCCAUUUUGCCCACCAGCAGGCCGCUGGUCUCCUUUAACCCCAAUGUCUAUGUGGUCCCCUACUCUGACCACUCCUCUUACCAAGAGCUGGAGGAUUUUGUGUCUGCACUUAAACCUACCUCCCUUAUACCCAUUGUAGGAAACAAUGUACCUGGAAGCCUCUCUGCCUUGGUGCCAAACAGAAAGCGGCAUGAAAUCCUGGUGCCUGAGUCAGUCCGACACUACAUGUUGAGACAGCCUGAGAGCCAGCUCAGCUCUUCAGCGUACACCAGCCUUCGCCGCAGACAUUUGCAACCUCUCACUCCCAAAGGGGUGGUAUUUGAGUCUCCUGUAAGGCCAUCCAGAAAUCCCUGGGAAGGAGAGUGCCUGCAGCUGGAUGCUUCUGAGGAAGAGAUGGACACAGAAAGUAGUGAAAAGGACUCUGACUCUGUCCUUAUUGACGUGAGCAAAGACCUCCUCCCUAAUAAGCACAAAAGAGGGGCUGGAGACAUGUGGAGCCUCAACAUCUUCCAAACAGUAUCUGAAAAUAUGGUGAUGGCAGAGUCGAUGCCAGUGGAGAUCCUGACAAACAGCAAAGCCUGUUUAAAGCCUGUCAGGACUGCAAGAAUGCUUUUUGAAACGAAUGCCAAAACAGUCGACAAGACAGUAAGUGACACUAGUCAGCAAAGCAGACAUGGAAGUUCUCAAAACAACCACGCACUGUCAGACAGUGAUAGCAUGAGUCAGCACAGUGGACAUGGCAUUGAUGAGGAAGACGACAGCAUGUCAAAUGAUAGCAACACGAGUCAGCACAAUGGACAUGGAAGUGAUCAGAACGACAGUGUGACAUUGCUGAGCAGCCUCAAUGACGAUUUCUGGAUUUCAACCAGCUCUUUGACCGUGCUGCGGCAUGAGUACAUAGUGGAGCUUGAAAACCGCAUUUUGAAGAAUCUCCCCUUUACAGAGGAGGACUUUAAGAUGCCAUGCUUCCCGCUGCGGAGCUUUGAGGAAGAGUUGUGACCCAAUGUUCAAGUUUUUGCCUUGCUAUAGAGGCCUUUUUAUGUGUUUGUGCAUUAAGAUACCUUCCUUCUCUAUGUUAUUGUCCGUUCUUGAACCUCCGUUUUGUUUGGGUGGUCUGGAGAUGAGCAGGCUUGUGAUCAAAAUGUUACGAUUUUGUCCCUGAUCAUUUCUCAUUAAAACAACUUUCUGUUUCUCUUGUUGUUACAGAAAAAACUCAUCUGUGACUUAACCAGAUAGACACGUUUUUUUUAAGCUUUUUUGUGCCUUGAAAACCAUUUGUCUUGUCGCUUUUAUUUGUGUUUGUAUUUUGUUUUUCAUCCUUGAACAGUUGAAAGUGAGUGAUGAUUUUGAAGUUGGAGAAAUAUCAAUGGUAGGAUGUUUUUUCUGCAAAAAGUCAAAAGCCAAAUUUGAUAAAAUAUAAAUUCAGCUUUAGCCUAAAAGCUAAAAGAAAGUAAGAAAAGCAGUCAUUUUGUCAUUUGACAGAUUUGCCUUUUUCAGUUUAUUUAUCUUAGAUCUCCACUGUGUGUGAGUAAUGGCCUUCUGUUUCUAAUGGUUGCCCUUGACUGGCUUCAUUUGUGUCCCUCUACACUGAGAAUAGCAGUAUUAAAGAUGAAGAAUAGUUUUGGCAUUGUUGUAUUUUUAAUCAUUGGGUUGCUACACUGGUACUUUUUAUCAUGAAAAAACAACAAACUCGUACUAAAUGUGAUGUGACAUUUUUGUAACUGGGUCUGAGGUUUGUGAAGACAUUGUUUAAAAUAAAGUAUUGUAUUUGUGUGUGUUCUUUAGAUGUGGCAGUGUUCUUUCUUUGUUAGUCCACUGCUGCAGAUAAACUUGUGUAAAACACUCCAAAAUACUUUUACCUGAUGUUUUGUCAGUAAGUAUUCAUAUUACUAAACAAUUUAAUUAUAGUUGUUAAGGGAAAAAUAACAUGCAUGUGUACUAAAUAGGAAAAUAACAGCUUAAUGUGUGUUUUAUAGUUGAGCACCUUCCUUGCCUGCUCCAAAGAUUUGCUAUUAUACUUUCUUUAUGUUUUGAUUAGAGGUGACAUAAACCAGCGGUGUACAGUUUGGCUGCGCUCUUUGGGACUUUAUUUCACUCUGACUUUCAGUUCAAUUUGUACCUUUUUUGCCUUUUUGUUUAGGAAAGAAAUAAUUCCAUUCAAUUGUAUUUAUACAGUGCCAUAUAACAAAAGUUAUCUCAUGACACAUACAGAGCAAGUCUAGACCAUACUCUUUAUAAUAUUUACAGAGACCCAACAAUUCCACCAUGAGCAAGCACUUGGUGAACAGUGGCGAGUAAAAACGUCCUUUUAACAGGCAGAAACCUCGGGCAGACCCAAGCUCAUUGGUGGACGGUCAGCCACCACGACCAGUUGAGUUAAAGAUAACUGUAAUACAUGUAACACUAAUGUUUAUGUUCUUUGUGUGUUAACUGUUUCCCCAAUAAAUUAUCCUGUUAUUUAAA